GUAUUAUAAUGACAUUGAGAAGACGUCUCAGUUGUGCUCUUUCAUCUCAGCUUAACGCGACAGGGAAGAAAGCAGUUUUGUAUUCUGGGAGGGACUAACAGAAACACUGAGCCUUUGACUGAUAAUGGCAUCUAGAAUAUGUGACAGCGUUUUGGUGACUGGAUCAAACCGUGGGAUUGGACUCGAGUUGGUUCGCAGGUUGGUUGAUUCACCGUCACCUCCAUUUCAGGUCUUUGCUGGUUGUAGAGACCCAAAUGGACCAAGAUCACAGGCUCUCCAGGAACUAGCUCAGAAGCACCAGGAUGUGAUCACAGUCAUUCAACUCGACACGACUAGUCCUACUAGUAUCACAGAGGCCUCUAAACUGGUGGAAGCCAAGCUGAAGAACAAAGGGCUGAAUUUGAUCAUCAACAAUGCUGGUGUGAACAUCCCGGGAUCCCUGGUGGAGACAGGAAAACAAAACAUGGUGGAUGUGUACACGACUAACGUCGUAGGACCCAUGCUCAUCGCAAAGGAUUUCCAUCCUCUCCUGUGCAAGGCAGCAGCUCAGUUUCCUCAUCAAACAAGCAUGUCUUGCAGCAGGUCGGCUAUCAUCAAUGUCUCCACGAUGCUGUCAUCCAUCACCAGAUGCCCUGACAAUUUCUCUGUCUCUCCAAUGUACCCCUAUCGGGUCAGCAAGGCAGCACUGAACAUGUUAACUCGCUGCUUGGCAGAAGACUUCAGGAAAGAUGGCAUCCUUGUUAUGUCUCUCCAUCCAGGAUGGGUCCAGACAGAAAUGGGAGGCCCAAAGGCUCCCCUGACGACAGCUGAGAGCAUCAGCGGUAUGAUGAAAGUCAUCACAAGCCUCACAGAGAAAGACAGUGGAACUCUUUUAGAUUGGGAAGGCAAAAACAUCCCCUGGUGAUUAAGCAACUCUUCUUGUGUGUCGUUUGCAUAUCUUAAGUUUGACAUGUACUUCCACUUCUUUGUCUGCGGUUUGUCUGAGAAAAAUGUUUCUAGCAGCUAUUUCAGUACAAGACAUGCUAUUCAUUUACAGGUUCACAAAGUUUGUGAUACAGAAAUGAAAAAUGUGCCUUUACAUUAGUGUAAUGUACAGUAUGUGAGGAAGAUCGCAUGUAAAAACAUGCAUGCCUUGAAGUUUUGAUAUUUGUAUUGAAGACUUACCAAAUUAAAUAUGAUCAGCUGUAAUAAAAUUAGAUGUGAAACGA